AUCCAUCUCUCCAAUUAUUUCGGCUAAUCGCUCUUGGAUCCGCCCGCAGCCACGACCUUCGUCGUCUCCGAUCGCUCGCUGCUAGCCAGGUCCCCAUGCCCCCGCAUCAACUCUACUGCGCGAGAUGCUUCAACGGCAGCGUGCUCGUUGGUAGCAUCCGGCGCCACUGCCACCACCUCGGCUUGCCAUUUUUUUUUACUCCGCUCACGUGCCGUGCCAUGCAAAAGGCGCUUCAUCCAGCAAGCUGAAGCCGACACAGGAGGAGGAUCGGAAGGGAAAGCGCCCAAAGCCGCCUCAGAUUCGCGCCCCCGUUCCUCACCGCAUCGCUCUCUGUCCGCUUCUCGCCGCUCCCGGCGCGCCCGAGCUCGCCGCUGCCGCGUGGGGCCGGCCCCGCUUCCUCGCGCACGACCGUCCGAUCACGGAUCACCGUACGGCGUACGCCACCAGAUCCAGAACCUCCCCCUCCGCUUCAGAGUUCAGAGCUUCACCUCGUCCCGUUCCUCCUCCAGCUGUGUUCUCCGUCGCCACCACGAGCAGGGGAUCCCGGCCCCAAUGCGGCUGCUCCCGCUGUUCCUGCUCCUCCUCGCCGGCGCCGCCGCCCGCGCCUCCGACGACCCCUUCCUCUCCGGCGCGGCGAACCACAGCUACAACAUCGACUGCGGCGGCGCGGCGGACUUCACCUCGACCUUCGGCCGCCUCUGGCUCGCCGACCAGUUCUUCUCCUCCGGCGGGGCCGCGGGGAUGGUCGCCGAGCCGCACCGCUUCCCGCAGCCGCAGGAGCGCACGCUCCGCUUCUUCCCGCCCUCGUCGGUCGGCAAGUCCUCCUGCUACUCGCUGCCCCUCCCGCCCGGCCGCUACUACCUCCGCAUCUUCUCCGUCUACGACAACUACGACUCCAAGGCCCGGACCCCGUCCUUCGACGUCUCCGCGGCUGCCACGCUCGUGCUCUCCUUCCGCUCGCCCUGGCCCGAGCCCGCCGCGCGCUACGGGGCCUACUCCGACCUCAUCUUCCCCUCCGCCACCCAGCCCGCCUCCGACGUCUGCUUCUACUCGCUCUCCACCGACGCGCCCGUCGUCGCCUCCAUCGAGGUCGCCCCCGUCCACCCGCUCGCCUACGACGGCGCCACCACCGGCGCCGACCUCGUCCUCGUCAACUACGGACGCGUCACCUGCGGGAACAGCCUCUUCGGCCCGGGCUUCACCAAGGACCCCGACGCCUUCGCGAGGGUGUGGCAGGCGGACGUCGAUUUCAAGAACAACGACCGCACGUACGACGCCAUUACUGCCGGCGGGAGGAAGAUUUUCGGCAGCAACCAGCCGCCCAACUACUUCCCAACCAAGCUGUACGAGUCGGCGGUCACCACGGGCGGCGACGCCAGCAAUGAGAUCGAGUACCUCAUGCCGGUCGACACGAGGCUGUCCUACAUGGUCUGGCUGCAUUUCGCGGAGAUCGACGCGGGGAUCGGGGCGGCUGGCCAGCGGGUGUUCGACGUAAUGCUGGCGGGGGAGAAUGUCACCAGGAUCGACAUCUUCAAGCAGGUCGGAGGGUUCACGGCCUUCAAGUGGACCUACGUUGUGGAGAACCUGACGAGCUCCACGUUGAGCGUCAAUCUUGUGCCUGUGGUGGGACGGCCGAUUCUCUGCGGGCUCGAGAAUUAUGCGAUGGUGCCACUUGAGAUGAGAACGGUGCCAAGCCAAGUGGCUGCAAUGAAGGCACUGAAGGAGUCGCUCAAAAUUCCUGCAAGGAUGGGCUGGAAUGGUGACCCAUGUGCUCCGAGGGCGUGGGAUGCAUGGGAGGGAGUCACUUGCCAUCGCGGUGAUAAAGGACUUGUGAUCACCCAAUUGGAUCUGGCAAGUCAAGGACUAAAAGGUUUCAUCACAGAUGAAAUAAGUCAUCUCAAAGACUUGGUAAGCUUGAACUUGAGCUAUAAUUCACUGACAGGAAGCUUACCACCUGGUUUAGGCCAACCUUCACUUGUGUCACUGGAUCUGUCAUCGAAUGAGUUUACUGGAAGCAUUCCUGGCACCAUAGGUUCGUCCAAGUUACAAACUGCUUUACUAAACAACAAUCAACUCGAUGGGCAAGUUCCAGAAAGACUUUACUCGAUUGGCUUACAUGGUGGUGUCAUAGAUCUCUCUGGUAACAAAGGCCUGUGUGGCGUGCCUACCUUGCCUGCUUGUGCAUUAUUCUGGGAGAAAGGAGGGUUGAACAAAACUGGCAAAAUUGCACUUGGAGCAUCAUUCGGGUUCGUUCUUCUUGUCAUACUUAUAGUGGUCUACAUUCUGUGCAUCAGAAGGGGCCCAUAUGACUAUGACUUUGAGUUCCCUCAAGAUUUGACUUCCAUAUCGGCAAUCUCAGCAAAAUGGAAUAGAUACCAGAGGGCAAAGUCCGUGAUGCUUGCUGAGAUGGAGGCACAUAGUCCGGAUGGUUUCUACACAAACGGGAGCCCACACUGAAUGACAUGCGCUGGAAAUGGUCUCACUCACGGAUCGCCGUAUUUAUUGAGGAAACACUCAUGGCUGUUGCUGGCGUGACACAAGGAUCUUGGUUCUGGAUCAAUUUUGCAUGUGUCACCACCGUCCAUACAGCUUUCGUCAGCUCCCUCCUUGGCAGUUACACUCACAGUUGGGCUAUUCGAAACGUACAUAUAUGCAUGUGUAAUAUGAGGCCGUCGUUGUAGCUUCUGUAGCUCAGCAAUUGUUUUUGUGGAUGCUAACUCUUUGCUGGAGGAGCCUCCUGUGUAGCUUAGGCCUGUGCACUGAGCGAAUCAUGUAAAAGGCUGGGUUGUGGGGAUGGAGUAUUCGUUUUUGUAUAAAGAAAACCUGACAAUGAACAAUAGAAUCAUUAAUUAGCUCGCAGGUA